AUGCCGUUUGCCUACCACAGCAGAAAGUGCGCUCGCUUGGUCAUAUUCUUCCGUGUCAUUGUGUAUGCCACUCUCUCCUCUUCCCUCCCCCUCCGUAUCUCGCCUACCCUUUGA